CAUAGCUUAAUGGCUAGAAAUUGCUGUCUAACGGUACAUUGUUAGUUGCCUUCAACAAAUACGCGACUGACAAAAACAUGCCAGCGGCUUCAUUAAUAACACGUCUACGAAAGAAAUCUGGGAAUCAGGUAAAAAUUGAUAGUAUAUUUUCUAAAAGAAAAGGUUCCUCUGGAUCCAUUAGCAAAAAGAACGAACCUUCCACGAUUCCAAGUCGGCAUGCUCCAUUGAAGAUUUUUUCGUUUCAAAUUCCUCCUAUACUUCCAUUAAAUGAUUUCACAGUAUGCAAUUGCAUUGUAGAAUUGAUUCAGCAUAUGUUUGAGGAUGCUAAUCUCACUCGAGAAAGCCAAUUGAUGAUUGCAAACUGCCCAAGAGUGAUUGUAGAAACACAACUUGCUGGAGUAUAUCAUUCUGAUUUUACCAAUGUGUCAAGGGAAUUAGAAAAGGAAAUUCAAAUUGGUAAUGUACGUCGUUUAUACCUACAUCGUUCCGAUAGUUUCUCAGGCGAAUCUUGCCUGGUAUUACGAUCUGAGUUGAAUGAAAUAUAUCAGCUCUACUUGAACAAACACAAAGAUAAUAAAGAAUUACAGCUUUUAAUUACAAAAUUGAGAGAAUUUUUGUGCACACAUGGAUCUACCUCAUACUCCUCCGAAGAACUAAACCUUUCCUUACAGGAGAGACGGACUUUGACGACUGCUGGAUUCCUAACUCUGGAUGGUACUGAUUCCUAUGGGAUAUCUCUUCCGAACUUAGGUGUUUUUACCCACAUUUUGCAUUCAAGUCGCAAAGAUCUUAUUCAGUUUUUUAAGAAGAAGCCGUUCUAUGAAUGUAUUGAAGCUUCUUUGUUACAAAGAAACAUUUCCGUAACUGCAAGGAGAAAACACGAAACUUUUUUUGGUUGGAAAUUUCGGCUUUGCGAUGCCAUUGGUGCCGGAUUGAUUGACGCUUUUAUGACUUCGUGUGGCAGAGCAUAUCGUCUUACCAGGAGAGGUUUGGAAUAUAAGUAAUAUGUCGUCCUUCUUUUUGUCAGUAUCCCUUGUUUUUUCCUUUUACGUUCAUUUCCCUUGGUUUGUCCUUCACUUUAUUUAUUCAGCUAAUAAUAUUUUCGGAUUGUGCCAUAUGCUGUAUAACUAUAUUUGCUUCAAUUAUCAUGUUCCUUCUUGCCAAUCGCUUCAA